AUUGUUUUUCCUCCUUUUCUCUUUCCCUGCACUUGAGUCUCGGCUUCAGGGCACUUCAUCUCCUAAAGCAGUGAUGCUGCUGCGUGACGAGAAUUAAGAAGAGUUGUUGUUUUUCACAUAUUUGUCAAAACAAGCAAAGAAAUUACAGACUUCCCAAGACAAAUCCCCACCCACUCUGAGCAUGGACUUGUUGAGUGAAUCCCAUGUGCUGGUGCUUUUCCUCACCUGCCUGGUGUCGCUGUGCUGGGCCCAGGAGAAGGAUUACACGGUGAAGGAGGAACAGCCGGAGAACGUGCGCAUCGGGAACCUGCGCAAAGACUUGGACCUAAACCUGGACCCCAGUGUUAAGCUGUCCUCAGCCCUGGAGUUCAAACCCGUCUAUAAGUCGGGAGAGAUUCCUUUGGUGAGGGUAGAAGCCAGCACGGGCGAGAUCUUCACAACAUCAAAUCGCAUCGACCGCGAGAAGCUGUGCUCUGGAGUCUUCAACGAGAAACGCUGCUUCUAUGAGAUCGAGGUGGCUGUGCUGCCCGAUGAGAUCUUUCGCCUGGUCAAGAUUCGCUUCCUCAUUGAAGACAUCAAUGACAACGCCCCUCUGUUCCAGUCUACCGUCAUUAACAUCUCCAUUCCCGAGAAUACAGCCAUCAAUAACCGCUAUCCGGUACCCUCAGCCUUCGACCCUGACGUGGGGCUUAAUGGCAUCCAGCACUAUGAGCUUGUCAAGAGUGUGAGCGAGUUUGGCCUGGACAUCAUUGAAACUCCAGAGGGAGACAAGUGGCCCCAACUCAUAGUCCAACAAAAUUUGGAUCGAGAAACCAAGGACACUUUUGUGAUGAAAAUAAAAGUGGAAGAUGGUGGCACACCUCCAAAGUCCAGCACAGCCAUCCUCCAGGUCACUGUCUCAGAUGUAAAUGACAAUCGCCCAGUGUUCAAGGACAGUGAGGUGGAGGUGAACGUGCCUGAGAAUGCCCCUAUGGGGACAUCAGUCACGCAACUCCAUGCCACUGAUGCUGAUCUUGGCUCCAAUGCUCAGAUCCACUUUUCCUUUAGCAAUCAAAUCUCUUCGGUAUCCAGACGGCACUUUGCUAUCGACAGUUCUACUGGAUUGAUUACGAUCAAGCAGCCAUUGGACAGAGAAUCCAUCCCAGUCCACAAGCUCAUAGUCCUGGCAAGUGAUGGUAGCACCACACCUUCAAGGGCUACUGUCAUAGUAAAUGUAACAGACAUUAAUGACAAUGUUCCGUCCAUAGACACUCGGUAUAUAAUAAACCUUGUUAAUGGCACGGUAUUGUUGUCUGAAAAUGCCCCUCUAAACACAAAAAUAGCUCUAAUUACAGUGACUGACAGGGAUGCUGACCUUAAUGGUAAAGUGACAUGUUACACGGAUCAUGACGUACCCUUUCGGUUGAAGCCUGUUUUUAAUGACCAAUUCUUGUUGGAAACUGCGGCCCCCUUAGAUUAUGAGACUACUCGAGAGUAUGCAAUUAAGAUAGUAGCUUCAGAUUCAGGGAAACCUCCUUUGAACACUUCUGCAAUGGUCCUCAUUAAAAUCAAGGAUGAGAAUGACAACACCCCAGUUUUCCCUCAGCCAGAGAUUCAGCUGUCCAUCCCAGAGAACAAUGACCCUGGCACACAGCUGAUAAAGAUCAGUGCCACGGAUGCAGACAGUGGUUCUAAUGCCCUUAUUAUUUAUUCCCUUGGCCCAGACGCACCUGAUGGGUUUAACAUAGAUCCGCGGUCUGGUAUACUCUCUGUUAGCAAGAGACUGGAUAGAGAAAAACAGGAAACCUAUUCAUUUACAGUCAUUGCCAAGGAUAAUGGUUCUAAUCCUCUGCAAAGCAAUGUCACAGUGAAGCUAAUUGUCCAAGACCAAAACGACAACAGUCCAGCCUUCACCCAUCCUGAAUAUAACUUCUAUGUGCCUGAGAACUUGCCUUUGUAUGGCACAGUUGGACUGAUUACAGUUACAGACGCAGAUGCUGGUGAUAAUUCAGUGGUAACUCUCUCAAUUAUAAAUGGGAAGGACAAUUUUAUUAUUGACCCCAAAACUGGUGUAAUUAAACCAAACAUUACAUUUGACAGGGAGCAGCAAAGUUCCUAUACCUUCAUAGUCAAAGCUGUGGAUGGAGGAUUAAUUCAGACAACUUCAUAUGCCAAGGUCACCAUAAAUGUCGUUGAUGUUAAUGACAAUCGGCCUGUGUUUGUCAUCCCACCUUCCAACUACUCCUAUGACCUAGUCCCUUUCACAACCAGCCCUGGCUCUGUAGUGACGCGAGUGUAUGCCAUUGACAAUGACACUGGCAUGAAUGCAGAGCUGCAGUACAGCAUUAUUGGAGGGUCACCAAGAGGACUGUUUGCUAUUGACAAAACUACAGGCAACAUUACUUUGCAGGAGAAGAUUGUUAAUGCUGAUCAAGGUCUUCACAGGUUGGUGGUAAUGGUCAAAGACUUAGGACAGCCAGACCCCUUGCAUGCAAUUGCACUUGUCCACUUGUUUGUAAAUGAUACUGUCUCCAAUGCCACAUUCAUUCAGGAGCAAGUCCGCAAAAGUAUGGAGACACCCUUGGACAGAAAUGUUGGGGACAAUGAUGUAAUUCCUCAGACCAAUGGCUAUGUAAUUGUUGUCAUAGCCAUAAUUGCUGGGACUAUGACUGUUAUAUUGGUGAUAUUUGUGACUGCUUUGGUACGAUGUCGACAAACACCCAGGCACAAAGUUGUUCAGAAGGGCAAGCAAAGUGGUGAGUGGGUAUCACCAAACCAGGAAGGCCGGCAGAUCAAAAAGAAGAAGAAGAAGAAGAAGAGGUCCCCUAAGAGCUUGCUGUUGAACUUCGUCACUAUUGAAGAAUCCAAGUCUGAAGACCCUACUCAUGAGCACAUCAAUGGCACCUUAGACCUUCCAGUUGAGCUUGAGGAGCAGACAAUGGGAAAGUAUAAUUGGGCCACCACACCAACCACAUUUAAACCUGACAGCCCUGAUUUAGCCAAGCAUUACAAGUCAGCUUCUCCCCAGCCUACCUUUCAGAUCAAACCUGAAACCCCAGUGGCUCCCAAGAAGCACCAUGUUAUUCAGGAACUCCCCCUGGACAACACAUUCGUAGUUGGCUGUGAUUCUCUCUCCAAAUGCUCCUCCAGCAGCUCCGACCCCUACAGUGUCUCAGAGUGCAGCUGUCAAGGGAGCUUCAAGGCACCUGGACAAAUUCACACCCGGCAGGAGACGGCACUGAAACCACCACUCUAUGGCACACUCUGUGGCACAGGUACAACUCGCUCCCACAGGAUAAAAAUCAAUCUCUAGCUGCCAUAUCCUAAAGAGAGGGAGAGAGAGAGGGAGGGAGAGGAAGGCACUGACUGAAGAGGGGGAAAACAAUCGCAUAAUGUACACGUUCUGCAGCCUGAAACAGGACCUAGAGAGGAGAGGAGAGGAGAGGACGGCCAGGCUAUUUUCACUGAGACACAUCUUGUUGCCUGCUUGAAGCUUGUCUGAAUAGUGAUUUUGUAGGAGAUUUGAGAUGCUUUGAUAAAUCACUUUGUGCUCACUUACUAGCCUCCCUAACGAAGGCACAAGGCUACUCUUUGGAAUAGUUUUCCCAGCCUGUUCACUCAAAUGGCAUGUACACUUUAAAACAAUGUAUAACCUUUAAUGGUUCUUCAAUUGCCCCAAACCCCCACCUUAAAAAUGUCUAUGUCUCUACCCUACAGCAAAGGGUUUUCCUAUCAGGAUUACAAGUAGAACCCUGUUUUGCAAGCUAAGAACCCUUAAUAAUCAAAUGAACCUUUAAACCUGUUUUCCUACAAGUGUAUGUAUUAACUGUGUAGGUCUGUGGUACACAAUAUUUUAUUCUUAGUACCUAGAACUUGUCAGGAAUUUCAAAUUUAGCCUGUACUAAGUACCUGUCUUGGUAUGUAGUACACUCUUGUGUUCUUAAAAGGUUCUUUGGAUCAUGAAGGCUUAAUUGUCUACUUAAAAGGUUCUGGCUUCUGCAAGAUAUUUAGUUUUAAAUACAGAGUGUGUAAUAUUUUACCAGUUAACAUAGACAUUGGCUCAUGAACACACUAAACUUCAUUUAUGAAAUCCUUUAGCUGCCAGUAAAUGUAUAUAAAAUUGCAUAAAACAUCACUGCUGUAUUACGGUCACUUCUGUAGAUACACGUUAUGUUUCAAUUUACCAUAAUCCACUACUGAAGCUUCAUAGAUUAUUAUCCAAACUGUGCAGCUGAAGGUGAAAAUGAACGACAUUGUUCAUUGUUAUUUGAUCAUCUUUCAAAAAUGAAAUUGAAUUAUUUUAAGUCUGUUUAAUUAUUAUUUCAUUCACGUUGUCCUAUAACGGUUCUACAUGGAAACCUUUCUAAUAGGGACAAACUCUGUUGUAGGGUUUCAGCUUUAAGGGUUCCCCAGAGGGGCAACCGAAGAACCCUUAAGGGCUCUAAAUUUUUUAAGAGUGUAAAAUAGUUAUGUACAGGAUGUCUAUUUCGAUAUGUGUUAAUGUAAUAUAAAUUCAGCACAGUCUUUGUUGUCUGGAUAUUUAUUGAUUUGUUUGCCACAGUUUUAUAAAUUAGACAGUUCAGCGACACUUUGAUGUUCUGGAUGCUGAGGGUUUUUUUUUUAUUAUUGUUUUAUUUAUUUAUUUUUUUGUUAGGCUCCCAUUCAGGGGUUUUUCUCACAAAAGCGCUGACUGAUAAUUUCUAACACUGCAGUCAGUCCAUUUUCCACAUGACCUCUAUGAUUAUUCUGCACCACUUCACUUUACUUCACCUGCCCCAGUGUUCUUCACCUAUUGACGCCAUCCCAAUGCAAGUCAAUAGUAAAUGGAUGACUAUCACUGCAGUAUCACUGAGGUAUCAUUGAGGUAUCACUGUGACACAGGGUUCGACAGCUGUGUCGUUCAUUCCACAUUUGGCACAUUUUGAAAAAAAAAUCACUUUUUUUAUAUGAGAGUAGAAGAACACAGUCAGUAUUAUAUCUGUUGUCUGUCAUAGUCAGAAAUCCUAUGACAGAGUCAAUAUAACCUGUGGUAUGUAUUUAUUUGCUAUCAUAUAGAAAAACCUCAGGCAGUCUAUAAUAUGACUUGCUAGGCUUUAGGUUGAGUAUGUACUCUGAAAUGUGUCAUGCUAUUCUGAAUCUGACGUGAUAUUUAUAAUGCAUAAGAAACAAGACAGAAAACUGUUGUUCCUUUAUGACAUACAAAAAAAACAUAAUAAUAAAAUAAUGAACUAUUCAAGCUUUAUAUAAAAAAGCAAUAAAGUAAAACCAGGAUCAUCUGUGAGCUGUGAUUAGAAUUACUUUUUUUGUAACACUUAAAGUCUGUACUAGAUUAGUACAACUUUUUAAUAUGCCACAGCUAAGUUGAUGUAAUGGCACCUUUAUGCAGUAUAGUGAAUCAUUUCCCAGGGCCUAUAGAUUACCUUGAUAUUAAGUAGAGAAGCUUUUGGGCACAAAGUCUUGACCUUUUUCCAUGGCAGAGGUGUCAGAUGUCAAUGAUGUCUUAAAGAUAUUGAAUAUGUAGAAAACAGAUGUCUUAAAGAUAUUCAGUAUGUAGAAAACAGUAUGCCUCAUACAUAAAACUGUAGCACUGUGUAACAAAUUGGUAGAUUUACCUGAAUUUUUAAGGGGAAAAAAAAAUAUCAAGAGCUAUCAUUUGUGUGAGGGAGAUGGACAUUACUUGUCACUUGUCAAAUGUAAAGUACAAUAUGCACCUUACAUUUUUCUUUGUAUUCUAAUUUGCCAAUGUGUAAACUGUAUAUAAAUGUUUUGUUAAUGUAUGUUUGGGCUUCUGAACUUUAUUAAAGUCUUUUGCAUCGUACUGCUUUUGCAUUUCCACUAAUCAUUUGUCUUUCAGCUUCUCAUUCAAGUGCUAUGUGAUACUCAGGUGUAAAUUGCCCCACUUUAUUUAUAUUUUUAUACCAGCACAGUAUUGGAAUAGCAACUUGAUUCAUAUUAAAUCCAUCAAAAUAGCUUUCCUUAUUACAAUUCCUGGAAAUUGUUAAUAAUCCUUGACAGCAUUUUGAUCACAGAGCUAAGGUCAUUUUCUCAAUUUAUAAAUUAGCAUCAAUAUAAGGUAAGAUGUACCGUUAUUGACCCCCCCAGACGAAAUUCAAGAAUUAAAUUCUAAUUGAAUUAAAUUCAAAUUGUAAUUUGCUCAGUGUUGCCACAUUUAUGGGGAAAUUCGUCAUUGUUGCAAACUGAGUGUGUUUAACUUGUGGGUGUGUUUUCUUUGUGCUUAUAUAUUCCCUUUCCCUUGCAACUAGUUCUAUAUUAAAGGUCGUAUUUUGAGUACAAUUAUAAUAUUAUUUAUAUGGUCAGAUUAUUUUCCUAUAACAUCAUGGCUUUGACUGCGCUUCUGGCUUUAUAACAGCAUAACAACAGUAAUAAGAGUCUUUAGUGUUAGCACUUUGUAUCAGUCAGGGCUAAAGCUGGAACUUUGUUUUCCAACAAAAUGUCAAUAACAGGAAAUGAGAGAAAAAAAGAGAGACUGGUGAGGGAUGACUGUUCAUAGCUGAUAUAACAUAAGUGAUAACAGGUACUACCUUGUUUCAUGGACAUUCCACAACAUUAAAUGUAGCUCUAAAUGGAUAAAAGUAUGAUGCUGAUUAUGUUAUUCUUUUAUAAAUAAAAAUUGUAGCAUUGGAAAAUUGCUGUGGUAUAAAAGGUAUAAACCACUUUGGGAUAUGCUGUUAUAGGAAAAGAAUCAAGUUAGUGGUGGCAACGUAUCACACCAUUGAUUAUUUUCCUAUAACAGCACACCGGUCAUGUUUUAUUCUUUACAUAUUAGUUUUGGCAACACAAAUUUGUACUGUAUUUUACUUUUAUGCAGCAUCCAAUUUUUUUUUCAUUCAAUUUUAUGCAGUUUUUUUUUUAUUUCUUGCAUUAUUUUCCUCCACUCCUUAGAAACUGACAUGCAAGAUAUCAGACAUGUUAAACCUAACCUACUUUAUUCCACGAAAUGAUAUUUAUAAUAUGAAUUACCGCUAACAUAUAGAAAACUGUUCUGCAAUUGUUAGCUGAUACAGUGUUGAGGUUAUUAGACAGUGUAUAAUUCAGUAAUUUUAGAACCACAUACUUUACCUCUGCUCUACUAUUCUGCAUUUCUGCUAUUGUGUAGCUGAAUUUGAUUGAUGCAGCAACUUUACAACAGUGGCUUGUAAGCUACAAUUUAGUGACAUCUGUGUCCUGCAUUUAUCAGUAAUUCUCAGAACAAGUGCAUUGUCCUGAUAUAGCUACUCUUCAAUGGUCGGUGUGGGGAGCAUAAGGAGCAAUGGGAAACAAUUUAAUUGCUUAUCAAAGUUACUCUAUAAUGCAGGACUGGAGAGCUAAUCAUUUCCCUUGAGGGAAAUGUGUCCUUGGUGAUUAGAGAAAAUAGUGCACAUGGUUGACGUUGUGUACGCUCAUCUUUUUUUGCAAAAGGGUGUGCAAAUGUCAGCUUGCUUUUAAUAGCUGAACGUAAACCUGAAAUUGUCUCUCUCAUAUCAACUUGCUCAUGGCUAUUUUCGUGUUAUGUGAACUAUAAAAUAACACUUUAUAAAUAACUCUUUAUCAUACUUUAUCAUAUGAGCUCACACUUUAUCAUAUGAGAUGAUUUUUUACAAAAAUAAAAAAGGCCACACUGAAAUAAUGCACUACUUAUAAUAUUUAUUAUUAUUAUUAUUAUUAUUAUUAUUAUUAUUAUUAUUAUGUACAAGUAUAAGUAACCAUAUAAAUAUGUUAUAGGCCUCAUUAUUGAUUCAUAUUUUGAAAAUGAUUAGAUUUUUUAAUAAAAAUAAAGCUUUUAAAUCCAAAUUGUCCAUAGUGUGUGAAUGAAUGUGUGAGGGUUUGUGCGAUUUGUGCGAUGGGUUGGCACCCCGUCCAGGGCCUUGUGCGCCGAGACUCCUGGGAUAGGUUUCAGUCUCCCUGUGACCCUGUGUAGGAUUAGCAGUACAGAAAAUGGAUGGAAUAAUAAUAAUAAUAAUAAUAAUAAUAAUAAUAAUAAUAAUACACUGUCUUAUUCCAGAUUGGAUUCCAUCUGGGGUUCUGGCAAAUGUCUGUCUGUCUCUCUUUCUAAGUCUCUGUCUCUUCUUUUUGGAAGUUUCCUGAAGAUAUGUAAUUUCACAAUUAUUCUUUGUCCUCAUUUUGAAUAUAGUAUUACAAGAGAACAGAGCAAAUGAUCAGAGGUUUAUCUGCCGUAAGGUGACUUUCAGAGGCGAUCCAACAGUGGCUUAAAGCUAUGCUCCAUCGCUGACUUGCCAGUGCAUUAUUUAUAAGGUCCAUGUAUAAGCUUUCAUCAUCAGAUGGUGUGCAUGUAAUAUGCAGAGCCCAGAUCUGCUGAAUCUUUGUACAUGCACUCAUAAUAAGCAAGUGCUGAUAAGGAGACUGAUUAAUGAAGCCUAUAAUGUAAUGGUUCAGAUAAUGGAGGAGGCUGCUUAGCCAUGACCGCUUAGCCACACUGUGCAACCUUGAAAAUGUUAAUGUGUGCACUCAAAUGAUUGCAGCAGUAGUCAAUUGAAAUCCACUUUUAAGAUAACUGUAGCUUUGUGCAUAAAAAGAUACACACUAGUUUAAUGUCAGAAUAAAUCCCAAGACUCAACAUAGAACUUAACAUACCUAGUCAAAUCACCCCUGGUUUUUAUUUAUACUUUAUUGUAAAGUAGGUUUAACAAUUCAGGUUAGCUUGAAAUAAACAUGCACCAAUAAAUGCAGAGAAAAAUGUAAGUGUAAUAAUGGUGAAAUCUAGCAAGGGAUUGCAUUAAUGACAUAGUGUUUAUUCCAAGUGUUUAGACAGCUUCCUCUCAAGCAGGUGGGCAUUGCAGUAUAAAUUGAGAGAGCUCAUGAAUUAAUAAAUUGGUUGGGCCUCAGAAUGACAAAAUGUGGGUUGAAGCAGGCCGUCCACUAUCCAACUGCUGAAAAAGUGCAACAAAACACAUGUCCUGCGAUCAUAUUCAUAAUUCAUAUUGAUCCGAUCCUGUAUCCUCUAUGUUACACAACACAAAUGUGGCGGAACAGGGCCAGGGGUUUUGUAGACCGGGCAAAGCUGUUCAUUGUUAUAAAUGAUCGGAUGCAUUGGGGAAUUAGCAGAGCAGUUACUGCGGACUGAGAGUAAUGGGCUCAAGCCUCAAAGCUUUGCUGAUGGUUGGGGUAGCGCUAUUUAUGCAUGCUGUGUGUAGCAGUGCAGGAAGCAGGAAGAAUCUCACUCCCUUUUUUUUUCUGGCACUCAGGGCAAUGCUGCAACCUACUGCUGCCAAAUCUCUGCCAAACUGAAUAAUUCAAUCAUUCCUCUGCCGCUGUAGUGCACCUUUGUCUGCACAACAAUCAGCAAGUGCUUCUCAAAACCGGGUUGAAAUGGUGCAUAUUGGUUAAUUAAUGCAACAAUAUAAAAAUUCAUUUGCAACACAAUGUGAAAACUAUUUUAGGUUGCAUUGAUUUCCAUACAAUUGCUGUGUGACAGGUUAUACAAAUAUACAAAUGGUACCCAAGGAUAUAAUAAAUCAGCAGUUCUUCAUAAAUGUGGAUAUUUGUUACAGUCACUUGACAUAUGUGCUCUACCGUUGUGCUAUUACAAGACACUGACUGUAGAUAUAGGAAAAAACAAACAAACAAAAAAACAUUCAAUAGCCAAAAACUCUGCUUUUACCUCAGGGUUGACAUUAAAGAGCACAAAAUCCUCCCUUUAGCUGUUGGUGAACUCCAGAGAUUACAGAUUGCUUUUGAACACGAUUGUCACUCAUGUAGAUUAAGGAUCAAGAGGUUGCAGAUGUAUUCUGUUCUCUGAAAGAUAGACCUCUUUAGGAUGACAAACUCUUAAAUGAAACUGGGAGAGAGUGUUAUUUGUGCGGAAGCCAUUGAAGAAAUACAUUCCACUCAAACAAGGGAUCAAAAUUCAAUUCAGAGAGCUUGUUUUGCUUUUUUCGUCAGUCUUGUUCUCUUGUAUAGUUCCCAACUGGAGUGCCAGAUUUCUGCCAUAGAUCAUACAGCAUUAGCAAUUUAAUCAAAUGCUGUAAGAUGAUGAUCUUGCGCUUGUUUAUGAGAAAAUGACAUGUUAUUGAACUCUCUGCUGUAGUAUACUUUCUUUAACAGAAGUCAAAAUACAUCCAUCAUGAAGUAUAGUAUCCUGAUGUAUCUCAGUGUCACUGGUGUUGAAUAUUUCUUACUUUAUAACACUAUAUCUCUACAGAGUGAGUAGAGCUGAAGUCCUUUUUAGCAGCAACAGCUCAUGCCCAUAGAUUUCGACUGACCUUGAUUUAUGCUAUAGGCUACUAUCUAGUGAAUUUUUAAAGUAACCCCACAAUAGUUUAACUGAGUUUGAUACAGCAGGUGCGUUUCUGUCACCAUUAACCAAGGUUGCCACGUUUCAGCAAAAUUUCAAACCCGACUACAUCUCAAAAACCACACAAAAGACCUGAAAUUAGACCAAAAGAUUUUGGGCAUUGGAAAGGAGAGACAGAUUUUUCUUCUUUUUUCUCAGCCUUUGCGUGGGAAACAAGGUCACUGGUGCACACACAUUUCUGAUGAACAGACAAUAUCCACUCCAUAAUCCCCUGUCCAUCUCCCAAUCUUUGCAGUAUAUUGUAAAAUAAAAUAGUCCUUUGCAUCAUAUACACACUGUAUGCACUUACACUUUGCCUUGUAAAUGUUAUUUGCAGAAAUGCAUUAGAUUUAAUUUGGAUUAUUUGCUAUAGAUCAACAUCUUGGCACCAGCAGAGUAUUUUUAUUCUAGCCCAAUUUGGCAACCCUGUCAGCCUGUGUACUUCUCCUCCCCCGAGCAUGGGGCAGUGUGAUUCCUUCCCCAAUGGGCCUCUAUUAUCUCUUGUUGGUGCUCUAAUUUCUGAGCACUAGGUGCAAUAAUAACUCUAUGAGACCUAAAUUGGCAGUGAGUACACUGCUCCACAACUGUGUAACAUUUAGAAAGAUGAGCAAAUCAGUAGAACAUAUAUCUUAUAUCUAUCCAAUGGCAACCUUUUUUCAAUUCACUCUAAAAAAGGAAUUUAAAAUGUAUGGAAUUGUGCAUGAGGAUUUUAUGAAGAUUAAUAUUUGUCGAAUAGAUGAUACGGCUGGCUCAUAUGCCCCUAUGGAUGAGUCGGCACCAUUUGUCAUUCAUGUCACAUUUAGUCACUGGUAUGGUAUAUUAACAGAUAAAAUAUAAAACUAAGUUUAGAUGCUUUGCUUUUAUAAAUUCAAGUGUUUUCUCUCAGCUCUCUUCCAAAGCAGGCACGCAAUGUCUCUGUGCUUUUCCAGGAUGUGAUAGCCAGCUGGGUGUUUGAGAACAUUCACACAAAAGCUUGGGCAAAUGUCUGAGCAUGGGCUUGGAUAAAGGCAGGUUACAAGAUGCAGAUGAAAGCCAUGUCUUUGGCCACUGUAAUCUGGGUAAUCCAGUGCAGUGCUCUUGAUUUGCAUUUGCUCAAGAAAUGGGUGACAAUAAGAGUGCAGGCAAAUCUUAGAAUAGUUGGUAAUCUGGUUUGGAUACAGGACUCAAGAGGGUUUAUCCAGCCUUAACAUUUGCCGAGGCAGAUGGUAGCAAGGGGGGUCAGAGCUACUGAAUUUCCUCAACUAGCUGUUGGGGGAAGGAAAACCAAAGGACAGUGAAUGAUAAUCAGAGUUGUUUAUUUUACCACUUGACUCCUUAAGUACUUACAGCCAGAUUAUAGGCUUUCCCGGGGAUAAUCGGCAGCACCGGACAAUUGCCUUUUACGCAUCCUGAACACAUCAACCCCACAAAUGUGUAAGGGUGCAUACAGACUCUUAAUUCCUGAUUAGUCCUGAUCCUAACCCUGCUAAAAUUAACCGGUAGGGUGCUAAUCACCACACCUCAGAUAUAGUCUGCCUUGCUCUGUUGGCUUCUGGAUGCUACACGUGAGACCCAAUUACAAGUUUGUUUUGAGCUCUGAUCAGAAUAAUGUUUGAGCACACAAAUGAUGAGCGAUUUGUUGGCCUCACAAACACUGCUUAUGGUCCAAGCCAUGUUUGAGCUGAACAUUUUAUUCAUUCAUCUUCAGUAACCACUUUAUCCUGGUCAGGGUUGUGGUGAAUCCAGAAUCUACACUGGGAUUACUGGGAGUGAAGCAGAAACACACCCUUGGUUGGAUGCCAGUCCAUCCCAGGGCACUAUGCCUACACACACACACACACACACACAUUCAUACACUCUUUCACAUUUAGGGGCACUACAGCAUAGCCUAUCCAUCUACUGUCUUGGUUGUGGGAGGUGGGAGGAAUCCAGAAAACCUGGAAAAACAAACUCACACAGGCAGUAACGCAAUCUCAGGAACAAACCAGGGACCCUGGGGCUGUGAGGUGGCAACACUACCCACUGCACCACCUUGUUUCCCUGAACAUUUUAGUGAUAAUAUAUGUAAAACACUAAUCUUGGAGUUUUAUGAAAGCCU